UGCAAGCCUCGUGGCUUCCUUACCUUCCUUCCUCCUGUGAGAGCUAUGUGGCUAUCAUCCUCGCCAAAAUGGAGGGCCUUUGUUUCCAUACACUCUCAUUAUCCGCAACGGUCAGCUCUGGGAUUACUUUUUGCCUGUGGGACGACCAUCUGUCCGUUGACGGGCCCCUUUCAAAACUAUAUUCGGGUGAGGACGCGCACUUCAGCUGCUCGCUGCGCACACCCCGCGGAUCAUUCAUGAUUCCUCUCAUCCAGGAGCUCCCACCAGCACAGAUAGAGUGCGCAUUCCUUUCGGAGCAGCCAGUGGGCCUGGAUUACGUGCCGUGGGAAGCCGUCCUAACGCUCAUGCCUUCAGUGAAGAAUCUUGUGGUCCAGUACAAAACUUUCGAUUACCUCAUGACCAACACUUAGCCGUACCGUAUCCGACCUGCGAACACCUGCCCGCCGUGCCCUUCUCUCAGAAUGCUCCGGAUACGGGAGUUACACCACUGGAGCUCGAUGAUGUGGGGUUUCUCUCCCGAACUCGUUCACCUGGGCUGUGUCGCGCAGGGAUUGGCAAAGCAUGCGAACGGCCCUCACGCCGGACAAAUGGACGUCUCCCGGGAGAUCGAGGACUUCCAUGAGACGUAUUUCUGCCAGUGCAGAGGUAGUCGUAGCUAUCAGC